GUCUCUCUCUUCUCUCUCUCUCUCCUUUUUUUCAUGAUUUGACCCACAACUUCAAGGGAGUGCAACGAAUGAACUCUAGACACCACACAUGGAGAUGGGUUCAAGCUCUUCUUCCUCUUCCAAUUCCUCCGAUUCACUCAAUGGCCUGAAAUUUGGCCAGAAAAUCUACUUUGAGGAUUUGGGUAUUGGAGCCCCGCCCAAAUCCGGUGGUGGGUCGUCGUCGUCUUCGGCGGUGGCGGCCGCCGUGAGUGUUGGGUCGGUGCCGUCGACGCCGCCGAAGAAGGGGAGGAGUGGGGCUGUUCAUGGUGGACAACCACCUAGGUGUCAGGUUGAAGGGUGUAAUGCAGAUCUGAGUGAUGCUAAGGCUUACUAUUCUAGGCACAAAGUCUGUGGUAUGCACUCUAAGUCGCCUAAGGUUAUUGUUGCUGGCCUUGAGCAGAGGUUUUGCCAGCAGUGUAGCAGGUUUCACCAACUUCCUGAAUUUGAUCAAGGGAAAAGAAGUUGCCGCAGACGCCUGGCUGGCCAUAAUGAGCGUCGGAGGAAGCCACCACCCGGAUCUUUAUUGUCCUCACGCUAUGGACGCUUGUCUUCAUCUGUCUUUGAAAACAGCAGAGGUGGAGGCUUUCUGAUGGACUUCAACACAUACCCUAGGCUCACCGGGCGAGAUCCAUGGCCAACAACCAGAACAUCUGACCGGAUUUCAGGCAAUCAGCCCACUGCCACCGGGAAGUUUCUUCCGCAUCCGUGGCAGAGCGAAUCUGAAAAUCCUCCGUCAAACCUUUUUCUGCAUGGCUCAGCAAGUGGGUCCAGCUAUUCCGGUUCCACCAUUCCUCCGGGAGAAUGUUUCACCGGUGUCACUGACUCUGGCUGUGCUCUCUCUCUUCUGUCAAAUCAACCCUGGGGCUCGAGGGACCAACCACCCUUGAGUCUUGGCGUGAACAACUUCGUUAACACUGAUGGAACUCACGUGGUUCAAUCAACAGCUACUACUCAUGGCACAGCAGUUGAUCACUUCUCUAGCACCUCAUGGGCUUUCAAGGGCAAUGAAACCAGUACCAGUUUACAUGAGACGAUGACUUCUGAUCUGGGUCUGCGACAGAUGUCACAGCCAGGUAAUAACCAGUAUUCUGGCGAGCUGGAGUUGGAACUUGAGCAUUCAGGGGCGUAUGACUCUUCCACUCAGCAUAUGCACUGGUCACUCUAAGCGCCCUCCUUGCUGCGCUUUUUAUGAGCUAUUUUAGUAGUUGCAGUUAAUAAACCAGGGUCAGCCAACACAUGUUUGUGUGUUGUUGGGAUAAACCUUCAGAUGAAUCUGUGUCUUGUUUAAGUUGUCGAGCCUGGAACUGAUGAACAGGGACGACAUGUAGUUUGUGUUUGCUUGUUGGAAUAAACAUAGGAUGAAUCUGUGUCUUGUUUAAGUUGUCGAGCCUGGAGCUGAUGAACAGGGACGACAAGUGUUUGUGUUUGUGUUUGUUCGUUGGAAUAAAACCUAGGAUGAACUGUUUAAGUUGUCGAACCUGGAACUGAAGAACAGGGAUGACGUGUGUUUGUGUUGUUUGUUGGAACAAACCUAAGUUGAGUCCGUGUCAUGUUUGAGUUGUCUAACCUAGAAAAGAACUGAUGAUGAGAAUGGAUGCAGGCUUGGCAUUUUAGUUGCUGUUUGUUUUUGAAUCA